UCUUCUUCAAGUGUUUUCAUGGUCACAAUGACAGAUCAAGAGGACGCAGAGGCGCGUCAAGCCUCUUGGAUUCACGGAAUCCUGGUGACGUUGUGCUACCAAUGGAAGGAUACGAACCUGGAAAGCAGAAUGCUGAAAGAACAGACAAGUGCGGCCCACAACAAGGCAAUGUCGUCAACAAGUCGGAGCGGAAUGCAGCUCAUUAUGCAGCAGAGGUUGGUGAUGUGGACUCACUACAGAAGUUGGGAAGAAUACCGGAGAAUCUUGUCAUCCAGGACAAAUAUGGCAACACACCACUGCACCUGGCUGCUGAAGGCGGCUACCUAGAGUGUUGUAAAAUCAUUCUGGGGAUCAGUACCAAAGAAGUCAACCUCAAAAACAAAGCUGGAAAUUCCCCACUUCUACUUUCAAUAGCCACAGGAAAAAAAUCUACACAGAUUACGGAAUUACUCAUUCUCAAUGGCUCUAAGUUAAAUAUAGCAAACAAACGCAAAUGGACAGCCCUGCACAUAGCAGCUGAGAAAGGUAAUGUUAAAACAUUAAAGUUGCUGCAUCAACAUGAUGAUAAAUGUCUUCAAGCUAAGGAUUCAGAAGGGCUGACACCUCUGCAUGUAGCGGCCAAAAAUGGUCACUGGAAGAUCUGUAAUGAGCUUGUGGAGGCAGGUGCCAAUAUAGAAGAGAGGGAUAGUCACGGCUCGACACCACUUCACUGGGCUGCAAAAAUGGGAUUUACUGAAUGUUGUAGGAAGCUGCUGGAGCACAACGUUUCUAUUAACAGUGUAAACAACAAGGGUAACACCCCCCUUCAUUUAUUAUGUGCAUCUGGCAAGGAAAAAACAGAUUGUGCCAGGUUACUAACUGAAUACGGAGCUGAUGUUAAUGCCCAAAAUAAAAACGGUGAGACUCCAUUUCAUCUUUCCUUUCGUUCACCAAUCGAAAUGGCAAAGAUUCUCUUAGAAGAAAACGUUAAUUUACAACUGAUUGACUGUAAUGGCAGGACUGCUUUGCAUUAUGCUGCUGAGAGGUCGCCUUCUGAUUAUGUUAAGCUUGUUAUGACCAUGAAAAAUUCAAAGGAAAUAAUAAAUAAAAUAGAUAAGCAAGGAAAAACAGCCCUGCACGUAGCAAUUUCUAAAAAAGCAGCAGAAAGUUCUAAAUUUCUGAUAAAAGUCGGUGCUGACUGCUCCAUUACCUGUGGUAAAACUGGCACUGCCUUACAUAUAGCAGCUCAGAAUGGUCUAAAUGAAAUCUGUGAUUAUCUUAUUACCAAGGGUGUCAAAGUUGACACAAAAAACAGUGAAGGAUUAACACCACUACACAUGGCAGCCAAAGCAGGUCAUGAAGACUGUUGUGUUGUGCUGUGCAAGAGAAGCAAUUCACCAGAUGUUCCAGAUAAUAAUGGAAUGACAGCUCUCCACCAUGCUGCCAAGGGCAAACAUGUUUCUUGUUGUAAUGUCGUAACAGGCAGAUAUCCAAAUUCUGUUAACUCGAAAGAUAAUUCAGGUAAAACUCCUCUUCAUAUUGCUGUGGAAGCCAAGUCUCUGGAGUGUUGCAAGGUCAUGGUGACACCCAAAACAGAUCUGUGGGCUACAUCACUUACUGGCAGCCCAAUUAAAAUGGCUUCUGAGGCAGACUCUCACGACAUCUUCAAAUUUCUUUUGAAUAAAGUAGAAGUUAAUAGAAGCCACAACAAGAAGAACAUGAAUUUUCAAGAUCUUUUUGGAAAAUCGCUGAAAAAUAAAGACAGACAAAUGAUGGAAAUUAUCAUAGACAGUUGCUUCUGGGAAGAGGCCUUCAAACCUGCCGAAGGAAUUUUAGAAAAGAAGCUGAAGAACAAGAAUUUGAUUUUGCUUGUGAAGGAUUAUCCAGAUUUAGUAAGACGUGUGCUGGACAAGUGUAUACAAACCCCAAAUAACAGUGAAGAUACACAGCAAAAGCCCCCAGAUAACAGUGAAGAUACACAGCAAAAGCCCCCAGAUAACAGUGAAGAUACACAGCAAAAGCCCUCAGAUAACAGUGAAGAUACACAGCAAAAGCCCCCAGAUAACAGUGAAGAUACACAGCAACAGUCACACACACGUUACUUAGUACACUACCUGGAUGAGGCAUACCCACUACCAGGCAAAAAUGAAAGUGUUACUUACAAAAAUAUAAGUGACACUCACAAAAAUGAAAGUGCCACUCGCAUAAAUACCGGCAAUCAAAACUCACUUUUGAGAGAACCUUUUGAAACGGAGAGUGGGAAAUUAGUGGCCGGAGUGGAGUUGGCCAAGGUGGACCGGGACUGGCGCAACGACCACCUCUUAGAAUGUAUCAUUCGUUACAAACACUACGACCUGCUGAGACACCCUCUUGUCACCUGCUGGCUCCAGUACAAGUGGAAACACUACAUCAGAUGGCACCAGUUUACCUCUCUAGCAUUGGCUUGCAUCUUGGCGAUCUUGUUAACAACAUUCACUGUAAUAUCUUGGUCGACAAUUUCACCUGCCUUGAAAGGUGCUGUUAGUGUGCAGCAAUAUUCCAGCCUAGAUAGAACAAGCGACCUGAAGAGUGUCAUCAUGGGCUUGGCCUCCCUAGUUUUGAAGGUUCUCAAAUACAGUUUAAUACAGUUUAAGUAAAUCUCCUUGUGAAUU